GGGGAGAACAAGUGGCUGCAAUUCACAUCACAGAGAAGGACUGAAAUCUUGAAGUCAAAAUGAAGACUUUAGGCCUACUUUAUUUUUUGGUGGUCUUUCUGACAUGUGGACGGGUGUCUGUUUCUUCCAUGGGCCCGCUGUGUACAGAUCCCAUAGAUGAAGGCGAAGGAAAAGACAAGCUUUAUAGAUUUUACUUUGACCCCCAGUUAGAAAUCUGUACCCCCUUCUUCUACAAAGGACAGGGCGGCAACAACAACAAUUUUGGCUCUGAUAAAGAAUGCAUGAAAGCAUGUUCGUCAAAAUACAACGAGAUCUAUCCGAGUGAUGAUGACGUGUGUUCUCUGGAACAGGACCUUGGCAGCUGUUUCGGCAUAAUUCCAAAGUACUACUAUGAUAGUGCGGAGAAGAACUGCCGAAUGUUCUUAUACAGAGGGUGUCAAGGGAAUGGAAACCGUUUUGAUACCAGAGAGGAGUGUCAGAAGAUGUGUCAAGCAAGACCUGGAAGGCUGCUGACCGCUGAAGACCCAAACCCGGAUCAGAAAACUAGUAAUGCAGGGCUGAUUGUUGGUAUUUUGGGUGGUCUUGUGUUCGUUGGCGCUGUCAUUUCUGCUAUUGUGAUGUUUGUGCUCCACAAGAAAAGUAAGAAGGUCGAAAGGAAGCCGGUGCCAACAUCCGAUGUAGAAAUGAAGUAGAGGAACACGACUGCUACAACAUCCUGUCUGUACAUAUGUCAUUAGUGCUUUUGUAUCAUUUUGUAUCAUUUAUACCAGUCCUGUUUUAAAAGUGGUGUACAACAAUGCGUAUAAAGUGUGCUUUUGGUCCAGUUAUGACAUCAUAAUAGAGAAUAGAAUCCUUUAUUUUGGUCACACAUUAUACACACAGUUUUUUGCGUACAGUGAAAUGUAUUAGUUUUCACAUAUCCCAGCUAAGCUGGGGUCAGAGUGCAGGGUCAGCCAUGAUACAGCACCCCUGGAGCAGUGGCAUCUUGGUGAUGCUGGGGCUUGAACCCCUGACCUUCUGGUCAGUAACCCAGAGCCUCAACCGCUGAGCCACCACUGCCCUCAGAGAGAGUAGACUCUCUACUGAAUGCUGCAAAAUCAUGUUUUAUGUGGGGAAAAGCAUUCAUUAUUGUACUUGAUCA